AUGACACAGCCCUCGGCAGAUGAAAUCUACGGUCGCCGUGCGAAAGUCAACUCUGUGAUAAAGCAUUCGCUGUGUUCCGGGGUCUGUGCAGUACCACAAUGGAUUGUUCUUUCCAUGGCUGGCCUUCUCACGGGGGCACUUUUUUUUCUACCCUUUUCCACAGCCACACUUCACAUUGUCUUUGUAGCCAUGUCUAUUGCUCUCGGUCUUCUGUUCGCGCUGUUCUCUUGGAUACUGCAAAGGCACCUGUGCAAGCGGCCACCACGUGAUAGCGGACUUAUUAAUCGGUCGGUGACUGAGGUUGAGGGUACUCAGCCCCGUCGUCUUUCAGGGGGAUCAGAGGGAAGAGAGUUUAAUGCCGCGAGGAGCGAGGGGGAAUUAGAGGCGCACUGUUUUUUUGAAAGCGGUAGCCGUUGGUGUCUGGAAGCUCUGGCGAUAGUGGAAUUGCUUGUGCUGGGCGCUCUCGUGCUUCUUGCACCGCUCGUGGUCAGAAUGGAUGUGGAGGGAAAGUCUCUUGUUCCAUCAGAUGCGAGAGAGGACCCUAGUGAGCUGGCGUACCCCGUGGAAGCAGCAUGGAAGGUGUUUCUCUUGCAUCUAUGGUUUACCUUCGCCGUUAGUAUGAAGUGUGCAGCUUCAUUUUCGGUGGGGUUGAUUCACUUCAUUGUGCUCACGGCGUCGUUCAAAAAGCCUGGUACCAUACCGGUCCUCCUCUUGGCGGCUUCCUUUAUCAUACCCGUUAUCCUUUUUCUUGUUAUUACGGCGAGGACCGCACUUCAACUGCGGAAAUUACCAAAGCAUACGCACCACGUAGGGUGUGACGACGUCGCAGGGAAGGAGUUGUCGCGAGGUGGCGAUGAAUUUAACCGAUCAUCUAAUGCCACAACUGGCCUUUCUACAGGGGAGACAGAAACGUUGCCUUCUCAGUCUUCCUGUGGUAUCUUUAGGCCACCCCCUGGACAUCGCAGCGCAGAGUUUGGAGAGCCCGGUUCCAGCGGGGAUUCUUCUCCGCGUCACUGCGAAGUGGUGGCUAAAGAGGAGUUGGGCCGACAAAAUCAACCCAAGUGGUCUCCAUGUGGGUUACAGUGCAGUUGGAACAUACCUCGAGGUCUAUUGGAUGACACUCGAAUCCCCUUCGUGGCUCUAGAUACUACCACCGGUUGCAUUGAGUGUGCAAGUGCGGGGUUUGCCGAGAAUGUUGGUAUGCCGGUAGCCCGAUUGACUGGUCGAGAGUUUGGGGGCCUCUUAAGUGAGCUCCACGUGGAAAAUGCGGCAACGGUGUUGGAUGUUGUGCGCACCGUAGCAAGUUCUACCGUAAGCAAACCUCGCGCAAUCCACACUGAGGGUAACGGGAAAGAAGUUUCAGGUGUACGGAGGACAGUGUUUGGAAAGUUUGGGAUUAGGCCGCUGUUUUCAAAGCAGCGGCAGGUCGGGCCAUUAUCUGCACUGGUUGCUGAUGCUGAUAAGUCGUCAAUGGAGAUCGAAAUGAACUUUCCACAUAUUGCGAAGGAAAGUAGUGGUCGCCGUGUCUUGGUGCGGGGAUGCCGUUUCCAGGACGAGAUGGACACUCACAGCUCAAAAUCAUUAGCUGCUGUAGUUGAUGAAGCAAAAACAAGGGGGACUGGCACGUCAUCUUCUGGCAUUGAGCGUGAACGCCCGAUGGUAUCUGAACCGAAUAGUGUAACAGGUAUUAAACCAUCACAUUUUUUUUCACUUUCACUAGAUGUUUAUUUAUAUCAACACCACGAUACCUGCAACAGCAGGUAUUUAGUUUUGCGGCAGCCGUCGUUGCAUUAUGCACUAGAUUGUGUUCCACUGCCGUGUUUUCUCGUACACCCCCAAACGGGUCAUGUGCUACACUGGAACGAAGCCGCAGAGCGAGAAACCGGGCUCUCAGCAUACGACAUGGUGGGUUGGCCGGUGUGUUUAACUUCUGUAGUGGACCCUACCGGUUCACUGGGAGUUUUUAAAGAUGCUCAGAAGAAACACUCGCUAAUGCCGUUUAACUCUGCACCAUCUGCUGUUCUUCAUCCACCCUUGGCGAGUCCUCCUUUGUUAGUGAGUCUCCAUCUUGUGGCUGGUGGUGGGGUUGAGGCGGAACAGGGACCACUGUUGGAUCAAAUUGAUUGUCUUUGUUGGCCAGGUCGGCAUCUGAGAGACGUAGGCGAAUGCAGGGGUUAUGCAGAAACGGAUGGGUCAGUUUUGAAGGACACCAGCGCCUGUUUCUCCAGUGACCGUGACUCAGAAGAGGCUGGAGGGAUGCUCCCUCCGUUGAACCCCGUUAGCGUGAAUUUGGAACCUCUUGAUGAUUAUAUCUCUAGAAAAGCGCUGUUUUUCCCGCCGGCAUGGAUGCCGGAAUCACUUACUGAAAGUAAAGCGAAUACCGUGACGUGGGAUGCACUUCACGUUCCUUUACUGUUUUUAAUACAUGGCGAAGCGCCGGGGGUGCGUGAGUGUUCGCCACUUGCGGAUUGUUGUCAACCAAAGAAACAACGGAAGAACAACGGAGAGGUUGAGGGACUUUCUCAAUCUUUUGUUGAUAUUAUUGAGGAGUUCAAGGAGUCUCUGAGUUGUGCCCUCGUGAAGGAGUGUGGCAUCUCCUCCCUCCCAUUAAGGGAUGGCAAGGAAACACUACCAAAUCCCGAUAUAACGCAAUACUUGGGCGAACUACGGGAACUUUUCACGUGUUUGGCACAGAAGGUUGAUUCCUUUAGGGAGUGUCGUGGGGUUCCUAUGUCCGGCAGGGGGGAUAUUUGUGGGGACUUUUCGGACGCAGAGGAUGGUGAUACCAGUUCCGCCGUCAGAGGCGGACGCCGACCGGUUACUGCUUUUGGUUCGUCACUUGACUUGGGAAGGGGAGUCACUACCGCUCGCUACGUUGGUGAUGGCAGUCGCGGAAUAAAGGAGGGGAAUGAUAUAUUUGGCGAGGAGGGCGCACGAAAAGGGAUCAAGGAGCAACAGCAAAGGACCCGUUACGACGCGCCUGCUGCUGGGGUGUUGGCGUUAGCACACAAGAAUACGGCAAGUCAUCCAGUUUCGUCAUUUGCCGUGUCGCAAGACGCCCUCGUGACACCCCCGGCGCGUGGUGCUGCUCUCGUGGACCUCGGCAAUCUGACUCGUCCUUCAGGGGAGGAGCGGUUUGUGGAGAGAGGACCUGGUUCUGGUGCAAGUAAACGUUGUGACACACACCGAAUUCCACCCAUGCAACCUCACAGUAAGCCGCUUGGUUAUUCGAACCCUGCGGCAGAAAUCCCUUCGAGGAGUGUAACUCCCACGUCGCCACUGAGGUUGGACCACUGUGAAUCUCCCGGGGACCUGCCCGUGUGGGCGAUGUUGAAGAGUAAUGACGAAGCAACCGUUCCAUCAUGUUUUAUCCGAGUGCCGUUUGGAGAGGUGUUUCGCUUUGGCCGCAGCAGUAAGUGCCACGCAACGACAUCUGAUGUCUUUGUGAGUAGUGUCCAGUUCACAGUCAGUCGCUGGGUGCCCGCGCAGUUGUGUGCCAUUCGUUCCUCUACACCACCGCAUCAAGAUAACGGCAGUUCCUGCGGCAGCUGCUCGCCAACGCCGUCUGGUUACGGACCAUGCAACUCAUCGGCCCUGGCGGACUGGAGGGUUGAGCUGUGUGACUGCAGUAUUAAUGGUACAUACGUGAACGUCAAACGAAUCGGCAAGGGGAGGACGUGUACUUUGCGAAACAACGAUCUUAUUACAUUUCAGUUGAGAGCCCGACGGUUCUUUUUAGGGUUUAGGUUUGUGUUAACGGAUGAGCGAGGCGUACCGCUGAAGGAGUGUUCCUCACCCACGUGCAGCAGCUUCCGUGCUUCCGGGAUCUCUGGACGCGGUACACCACGCCUUUGGCAGCGCACCUUAUCGGGGUCCGGUAGUACUUUUGCGUUAAACGCCAGUCAAACGGAAUCGGCUAAGCUCAACUGUAGUGAUAGUGCUUCCCAGGCAGUUCGUAGUGCUAGUGGCGUUCGGCACGGCGCCAGAACUCCCAAUGCAAGGAGGAUUCAUACCAGCCAACGUGGUAGUGGUCGCCACCAACGCGGGACGAUAGAGUGGAAGAUAGGUGAGGAAAUGCUGGGUAAGGGUGGGAAUGCUGAGGUAUAUCUUGGGAUGAAUCUCACGAACGGGAAACUCAUUGCAGUGAAACGAGUUCCACUCCCCAAAGAGGCUGGAGGAGGCGGAAAUGGAAAGGGAUUGCUAAAGCGGUAUAUGAGCCUGCAGGAAGAAAUAAAGGUCCUUUCUAAGGCUGUGCACCAAAAUAUUGUUCAGUACUACGGUUCCUCUCAGAAUAAGGACUACUUCAACAUACUUCUUGAGUUUGUGCCUGGUGGGUCGCUGCGUCAUCUAUUGGAAAACUUUGGCGCUCUUAGUCCGGGCGUUAUAUGCUCUUAUCUGGCGCAAACACUCGAGGGUCUGCGCUAUUUGCAUGAAAAUGACAUUGUGCACUCUGACGUUAAAGCAGCUAACAUACUUGUCACCGAUAAGGGUCGAGUAAAACUUUCUGAUUUCGGCACGGCCAAACAUCUUCUCUGGCAGCAAGGUCAGUCGAUUGACCUGGCGAACAUUUCAGGUGCCGCAGAAAGGACUGCGGAUGAUGCCGCGUGCUCCACGCACCAUGUAGCCGGUACACUCCGUUGGAUGGCUCCAGAGUUAAUUAGGGCUUCUAUCGGUCCGACGAAGGCGAGUGACAUUUGGUCGGUGGGUUGUGCAUUGAUUGAGAUGCUCUCUGGUGAUGCACCAUGGAACGAGUAUGAAAUCGAGAGCGAGGAGGAAAUAAUCAAUCUUCUCAAGUACACCACGGAACCACCAGACGUACCAGAGUGCCAGGUCUUGCCUGAGUUAACACUCAUUGCAAAAAAAUGUCUUGCGCUCUCCCCCCGUGAUCGACCGACGUGUGAAGAGUUACUGCAACUUGUCGAGGAAGCAAGAGAGAAACUUGGGCUUCAAGAAGACGAAACUCAGUCACGGUGUGACGAUUCGACAUCAUUGCGUCUUUCCUCUGUUUUGGGUAACGCUGCUGUGGAAGGUAAUUGA